UUGCCCCAUUUUGAACAAGUGAUUCUUUAGGCGGAAACCCUACUCGUUGAUUCCAACAAUCGAUCUCCUCCGAUGACAACGGCGGCUGCAUCAUCUCUAUCCCAUUCCUCCAUUCGCCGUGGAUUGUUGGCGUCAGUGUUUCUUCUUCUCUGUUUCUCUUGGCAAGGAAUCUAUACAUAACCAAGAAAUUGGUCUAAGAAUUUAGUGAGCGAUGUGGUGGCGUCGCGGCGUUCUUACUCAUGCGCAGGGAUUGCUUAGGUCAACAUGCGAGCCCACUCGGUUAUUUACCGUGCUUUCUUUCUCAGAUUCGCCUGCAAAGAAAAAAGGAAAAGCAACUCCUUUACAGGAGAGGAGGAUGGUGGAUCGUUUUAGGUUAUGGGCCAAAGGAGGUGACGGAGGAAAUGGGUGCUGGAGCUAUCGGCGGAGCCGAACAGACCGCCAUGGCGCGCCAGAUGGUGGCAAUGGUGGAAGAGGUGGUGAUGUUUAUUUGGAAUGCUCAGCAGCAUUGUGGGACUUCAGUAAUCUGCAACAUCACGUGGUGGGUGAAGUCUUCCAUAUAACAGAAGUCUUUUUUUUUUUUUCUUCUGCAAACUAAUUUAGUUGAUGAUAACCAUGAAAUGUAUUGUCGUAGUCCUGGGAUCAAUUAAUCCUGCCUAAAGAAAAUCUUUGCUUUGGCAGACAACUUUCCUAAAACAAACUGUGCGAUUAGAGCCAUGACUGAGUGUUUGAGAGUUAUUUUGUUUCCACUAUCUGUCCAAAUUCAAGCACAUUAACGUACACUAA